UCUGCCCAUCUCUGCACUUGCACACUUGUAAACGUUGCCUGGUACGGGGAGGUCAGCCACCGACCGCGCUCCGACACCUCACAGACGCACGCAUGGAAGGCUCGACGGCGGCGAAGACCGUCCUGAGGGUGGCGGCGAUCUCCGGCUCGCUGCGCAGGGGAUCGGCCAACACCGGUCUCAUCCGCGCCGCCGCGGAGAUCUGCAGGGAGUCGAUCCCGGGGCUGGUGAUCGACCACGUCGACAUCUCCUCGCUGCCGCUGCUCAACACCGACCUGGAGGUCCCCGGCGCCGGCGCGUUCCCGGCGGUCGUGGAGGCGUUCCGCUCCAAGAUCCGCAGCGCCGACUGCUUCCUGUUCGCGUCGCCCGAGUACAACUACUCCAUCUCGGGCCCUCUGAAGAACGCGCUGGACUGGGGGUCGCGCCCGCCCAACUGCUGGGGCGACAGGGCGGCCGCCAUCCUGAGCGCGUCGGGCGGGUCCGGCGGCAGCCGGUCGCAGUACCACAUCCGGCAGGUCGGCGUCUUCCUCGACCUCCACUUCGUCAACAAGCCCGAGGCGUUCAUCAAGGCGUACGAGCCGCCCAAGAAGUUCGACGACGACGGCAACCUGGUUGAUCCGGCGACCAAGGAGCAGGUCAGGAAGGUGCUCCUGGCGCUGCAGGCUCUCGCGCUCAGGCUCCAGCUGGGGAAAUCUGCUGCGGAAUCCGAAGUCUGAACAGGGGAGGUUUCAGGCUUGUCAAAGUGCUCUGUAAUCUGUACUACUGUACGCUUGAUGGUGUCUUGAAUAAUUUUCUGCGACCGAAUAUUUUGGUGGCCUUUUCUUGACCCCGCUAAAUACUUGGCGGCCAAAUGCCUACGGGUGGCUUUCAUCCAAGAAUCAAGUUUUAAACAAUGCAAAAUGAUGUCUAUGUCUCAUUUGAGAUACAGGGAUAAAGAGCCCAGAU